AUGGCUCUACACUCGCCACCUUCCACAACCUCACUGACUCUCGUGCUCCACCUGGUGCAGCUGGCCACAGCUCUACAGUCGCCACCUUCCAGAACCUCACUGACUCUCCUGCUCCAUCUCAGCACAGAUGGCCACGGCUCUACAGUCGCCACCUUCCUGAACCUCACUGACUCUCCUGCUCCACCUGGCGCAGCUGGCCACGGCCAUAAGGUCGCCACCUUCCAGAACCUCACUGACACUCCCGCUCCACCUGAUGGCCACGGCUCUACAGUCGCCACCUUCUUGAACCUCACUGACUCUCCUGCUCCACCUGGCGCAGCUGGCCAAGGCUCUACAGUCGCCACCUUCCACAACCUCACUGACUGUCGUGCUCCACCUGGCGCAGCUGGCCACGGCUCUACUUCCGCCAAUUUCCAGAGUCUCACUGACUCUCGUGCUCCACCUGGCACCCCUGGCCACGGCUCUGCAGUCGCUACCUGCCAGAACCUCACUGAGUCUCCUGCUCCACCUGGCGCAGCUGGCCACGGCCAUAAGGUCGCCAUCUUGCAGAACCUCACUGAUGCUCCUUUUCCACCUGGCGUAGGUGGCCACGGCUCUACAGUCGCCACCUUCCACAACCUCACUGACCUGCGUGCUCCACCUGCUGGCCACGGCUCUACAGUCGCCACCUUCCAGAACUUCACAGACUCUCCUGCUCCACCUGGCGCAGAUGGCCACAGCUCUACAGUCGCCACCUUCCUGAACCUCACUGACUCUCCUGCUCCACCUGGUGCAGCUGGCCACGGCUCUUCAGUCGCCACCUUCCACAACCUCACUGACUCUCCUGACCACGGCUCUACAGUCGCCACCUUCCAGAACCUCUCUGACUGUCGUGCUCCAGCUGGCGCAGCUGGGCACGGCUCUACAGUCGCCACCUUCCUGAACCUCAUUGACCCUCCUGCUCCACCUGGCGCAGAUCGCCAUGGCUCUACACUCGCCACCUUCCACAACCUCACUGACUCUCGUGCUCCACCUGGUGCAGCUGGCCACAGCUCUACAGUCGCCACCUUCCAGAACCUCACUGACUCUCCUGCUCCAUCUCAGCACAGAUGGCCACGGCUCUACAAUGGCCACGGCUCUACAGUCGCCACCUUCUUGAACCUCACUGACUCUCCUGCUCCACCUGGCGCAGCUGGCCAAGGCUCUACAGUCGCCACCUUCCACAACCUCACUGACUGUCGUGCUCCACCUGGCGCAGCUGGCCACGGCUCUACUUCCGCCAAUUUCCAGAGCCUCACUGACUCUCGUGCUCCACCUGGCACCCCUGGCCACGGCUCUGCAGUCGCUACCUGCCAGAACCUCACUGAGUCUCCUGCUCCACCUGGCGCAGCUGGCCACGGCCAUAAGGUCGCCAUCUUGCAGAACCUCACUGAUGCUCCUUUUCCACCUGGCGUAGGUGGCCACGGCUCUACAGUCGCCACCUUCCACAACCUCACUGACCUGCGUGCUCCACCUGGCACAGCUGGCCACGGCUCUGCAGUCGCCACCUUCCUGAACGUCACUGACUCCUGCUCCACCUGGCAUGGCCACGGCUCUACAGUCGCCACCUUCUUGAACCUCACUGACUCUCCUGCUCCACCUGGUGCAGCUGGCCAAGGCUCUACAGUCGCCACCUUCCACAACCUCACUGACUGUCGUGCUCCACCUGGCGCAGCUGGCCACGGCUCUACUUCCGCCAAUUUCCAGAGCCUCACUGACUCUCGUGCUCCACCUGGCACCCCUGGCCACGGCUCUGCAGUCGCCACCUGCCAGAACCUCACUGAGUCUCCUGCGCUACCUGGCGCAGCUGGCCACGGCCAUAAGGUCGCCAUCUUGCAGAACCUCACUGACUCUCCUGUUCCACCUGGCGUAGCUGGCCACGGCUCUACAGUCGCCACCUUCCACAACCUCACUGACCUUCGUGCUCCACCUGGCACAGCUGGCCACGGCUCUGCAGUCGCCACCUUCCUGAACGUCACUGACUCCUGCUCCACCUGGCGCAGCUGGCCACGGCUCUACAGUCGCCACCUUCCAGAACCUCACUGA